AUGAUACAAAGUAGACCCACUUAUGAUAAUGAUCAUCAAUAUUAUUAUUAUCACUGCAAUAAACAAAAAGAUUUGAUUGCUGAACUCAAUGACAAAUGUAAACAACAUCCAUGUAUGAGUUGGUACAACUUUCCUUCAUCAAUUCAAUCUCCAUUAUUAUUCAUUAGUGAAUUAUUACCAAUGGGAUUGAUCAAUCAACCAAUUACAUCAUUGAAAACAGCAUUGGAAUGGAUUGAUCAAUGUCAAAUAAUUUUUAAAAAUUCCAAUACCGCUGUUAGUCAACAAGAAAAAUUUAGUUUAGCAGAAAAAUAUACACUCACUGGAAAUCUAUUAAAUCAAUGUUUACUAACAAUGAAUUAUAUCAGUGGUGAAUCGAAUUCACGCCUUCAAUCAUUGGAAAAAGCUAACAAUGAUGAGAUAAAUCGGUUCACUCUUUCGAAAAUGGAUGAAAUCGCUAUCGAUUGGACAAUACGUUAUGGUCUACGAAAUGGUUCAUUGCCACCUACAACCAAUACAAAGGAACUAAUCAUUUAUACAGAACAAUAUGAAUUUUAUUCAAAACAAUUUCAUACAUUACUUUGUACAAUUCGUUUAGCUUUUGAGAAAGAGAAACAACAACUGCCUAAUAAUCAUCAAAAAUAUUUUCAAGAUGAACCAUUCGAUUGGUUUGUAGCUACAAUAUUUCUAUUAUAUCAAGGCAAUUAUGAGCAUGCAUGGAAUUUUCUCUGUAAAUAUUCAUCUUUUUCACAUUCAUUAUAUUUAUGGCCAAAUCGAUGUAGAAAUUUAGUAAGUUGUUAUUAA